UGUUCAAGAAAUUCCUUUCUCAUAACAGAAAUAAUUUGAACACAGGCAUUACAAGUGGGAUAGAUGACAGUAAUAGAACAUUGUCUCCCGUGAUCUCUAUACAGAGUACAGAACACUUCAAAUAUCAGCGUGAUGAAAUGGCAUUCUCGCCUACUCAAGAAACGAGUGUCACAAAACUUGACCACGGUGAGCAUCCAGUUCAAAGUCCAGAUUUGGCAGACUCAAAUGAUUUAUUUGUUUCAACCACAAAUCCUGGUUUAGAAAUGGACGGAAGUGAAAACAAAUCAGUGAUUGCUGAUAGGACUGGUAUAUCUAACAACACAACUGUAAGCUCAACACUACAUGAUCUAGAAAAAGGUGGGAGUGAAGAUUCAAAAAUGUUCGACACAAUGGAUAACCCAAACCACAAAACGAGUCUCACAUCGGAUGAAGAUAACCAGAGUGUUGCAUCAAUUAGCACUAUCCCGCCCACCCCGCCUGAUUUAAAGUCACAUUUGACUUCACUUAUACAUUCACAAAAGAAAAAAAGAACACCUUCUGUUAAUGCCAUCUGUGUUGAUGUUGCUGUGAGUAAACAAACUGACCAAGAACAUCUUUCUUCAGAAGGAAGUGUCAAAUCUUGCAACUUACUACAAACUACACUUACAAAAAUAUCACCUUGUACAACAAAUGAAGACAAGAAAACAAAUGUUAAGUUGCCAUUAACUACUCAAAUUGAAUCUUACCUGACCGAAAACACACUUCAAGGGAGGCAAUGCAUUGAACAAGAGUUAACUAAACAAGUUAUCUCCCUGAACAGUAAAUUGUUAUUGAAUAAUAAAGAAUUUGAGGAAGUUAACACAUCUAGUUAUUCACACAACAAAACAGAAAAAAAGGAAAUCAAAACAACCUGUACUAAACAACCUGAGGCACUGAUGGAUGUUAAUGAAAAAAUUACACUUAAAAAGACAAGCAGUGAUUUGACUAACAAUCCACUUAAGUUUGUAUAA